AAAAAAUAUUUCCUAUUUUUUUUCAAUUUUCGAAAAGCAAAAUUUAAAUUCCGCAGUAAUAAUUUUUUUCGUACCCAACAAUGUCUUAUAACACCGAACUUGUUAGCAAUUUAAAUGAUUGGAAUAAAUGGAUUGAAGAAGCGAUUUCUAAAAAACUUAUUAAGUAUUAUGAGUAUGACCAAUUUUAUAAUAUUCAAGAAAUUGGUUCCGGUGGUUUUGGAAAAGUUUGUCGUGCUAAUUGGAAGAAUUCUCAUAAGCGUUAUGCAAUAAAAUCUUUUUUUAAUAUUAAUGAUGCUACAGUCAAAGCAUUAGUUCGUGAGAUUCAACUUCAACGUGAAGUUGAUUUUCAUGAUAAUGUUAUUCAUUUUUAUGGCGUCACAACUUCUUUUAAAGAAAACCAAAUAAAAGAAUAUUCGUUAGUGUUAGAAUAUGCGGAAAAUGGUACCCUCCGAAAAUAUUUGAAGGAAAAUUUUGAAAAUCUAACUUGGGACAAGAAAUAUAAUCUCGCAUUUCAAUUGGUUUAUGCAGUAUCAUGUUUGCAUGAUGAAGGGAUCGUGCACCGUGAUUUGCACUCCAAUAACGUGUUAGUCCAUCAGAAUACUAUUAAGCUAGCAGAUUUUGGCUUAUCAAAAAGAAUUGAGGAAACAUCUAACUCUCAUUCGAGAACAUUUGGAUUAAUUCCUUACACUGAUCCAAAAAGCUUUAAUAGUAGUACAACAGAAUUAUAUUUAUUAAAUAAGAAAAGUGAUGUUUAUAGCAUUGGAGUAUUGCUAUGGGAGAUAUCUAGUGGUCAGCCUCCUUUUCAAGGUAGACCGCAUGAUGUUGGUUUGGCUCUAGGUAUUUUACAAGGCCUCAGAGAGACACCUAUUCCCAAUACGUCUAUAGAUUAUAUAAAAAUUUAUACCGAUUGUUGGAAUAUUGAACCUGAUAAUCGUCCAACUAUUAAUCAAGUAGUUGAUGAAUUAAAACAAGAUUUUUAA